AUGGCAACCAUUGUACAAGAACCAUCCAUCACGCUCAGUGUGGAGACACAAUUGAAAAUCAAAGAAAGUCGCUUGAUCGACACGAUCCACGAAACUGCACAACUUUUUGGAGCUAAAGGCAAAUGGGGAGAGCAUCUUACGGAAACGGGCGUUUGCCGUUUGGCGUUGUCUGAUGAAGACAAAGGCGUGAGAGACUGGUUUGUUAAAGAGGCCAAAUCGCUUGGAUGCACCGUGAAAAUCGACGAGUUGGGCAAUAUCUUUGCUAUCUACGUUGGAAAGAAAGACGGACCUCCGACGGCCAUUGGCUCCCAUUUGGACACCCAGCCUACUGGAGGGAGGUACGACGGGAUUCUUGGGGUUUUGAGCGGGUUGGAGGUGUUGCGCACGAUGAAGGAUAACAACUUCACUCCCAACUAUCCAAUCUGUGUCAUUGACUGGAUGAAUGAAGAAGGAGCCCGGUUCCCGAUGAGCAUGAUGUCUUCUGCCGUGUGGGCCGGGGCAGCAAAGAAAGAAGACGUUUACGAGAUGAAAUCCGUCACCGACCAGACACCGGUGUCCGUUUUGCAAGAGCUCAAGCGCAUUGGGUAUUUGGGCACAGUUGCUUGCAACUACAAGGAAAACCCACUUUCGGCGCAUUUCGAGCUCCACAUCGAGCAGGGCCCGAUCUUGGAAGAGCUGAACAAAAGAAUCGGCCGUGUGCAAGGUAUCCAGGCUUUGAAAUGGAUCGAAGUGACGUUGAAAGGGAAAGCUCAGCACACAGGCACCACGCCGUUCCGGUCUCGGAGUGAUGCGCUUCUUGCCUCCUCUAAAAUUGUGGUGAAGGGCAACGAAAUUGCCCACAGGUACGGCGGGUUGUUUAGCGUGGGCAUUAUGGAGCUUGAGCCGGCUGUGGUCAAUGUGAUUCCUCAACAAGUGCGCUUUGUCAUGGACAUCAGACACGAACUAGACGACAAAGUUGAGCAAAUGUACAGCGAAAUCAAAUCUGUCAUGGACGAAGUCGUCAAGAGCUCGGGAGUGAAAUUGGCCUACGACUUGAAGGAAAACGUGAGUCAGCCUGCUGUCCACUUUGACCAAAAAUGCAUGCAGUGCAUUAAAGAUGCAUCGGACGAGAUUUUCGGCGAAGAGGAGUCCAUUGCUAUAAUCAGCGGCGCAGGUCACGACAGCGGUCUUGCUUCUUUACGGGUGCCUACGGCGAUGAUCUUUAUUCCUUCGAGAGACGGGGUUUCUCACAAUCCCGAGGAGUACAGCACACCGCAACAGGUUGACGAUGGGUUUAGGGUAUUGUUGAAUGCUGUGUUGAAGUACGACCAGUCCAGAACAGAAUGA